UCCAACCAACCAACAAAUAAGCCAAGACACAGAGCGAGCGAGCGAGCAAGCAAGCAGGCAACCCAGCCUUCCUCCUUCCUUCCUUCUUCAUUUCCAUGAGACAAACGCAGCUACCUCUCUACCUCCUCACCGCCAGUUUCGAUUUCUUUUCGCUUCUUCUUCGCCUCUAAGUUGUUUUUGCUUUUUGACUCCCUUUCGCCCUCCAUAGCAUCCUCUUUUUUUUUUACAGAUGAAGAACAGUUCGAAGCGUCAGCCUGAGAGAAGUUGGGCUGAACUCUGUUGUUUGGGUUGCACGUGCCUGCAGGCCUUUUGGCCGAGGAUUGUGAUGCGCAAAUGGCUCAACAUCAGUGCCAGGGAGUCAGAUUACAGUGCAGAUACCGAGGAAGAGGACAGCGACUCCGGGGAUUCCGAUACUGAAGAUUUUGGUCAAUUGGGGAGAGAAUCUCGGUUUCGAAAUGACCGAGGGGAUGGCGUUUCAAUUGAUCCUAAUGAUGCUCUACCAAGAAGUAGAAGACGGAAGUCGGAGACUUUCAGGGCUCAGUACAUAAACACAAAAGAACUCAGAAUAUGUGUUGGAACAUGGAAUGUUGGAGGAAAACUUCCAUCUGAAGACUUAGAUAUUGAUGAGUGGUUGGACAUCGACAAUCCUGCUGACAUCUAUGUGCUGGGUUUUCAGGAGAUUGUACCUUUAAAUGCUGGGAACAUUUUUGGUGCUGAAGAUAGCCGCCCAGUUCCAAGAUGGGAAAACAUUAUUCGUGAAACAUUGAAUAGAGUUCGACCUAUGAAGACAAAGUAUAAAUGCUAUAGUGAUCCUCCUUCUCCAUCAAGGUUCAAGCCAUCUGAUGAUGUCCCAGACAUAGAAGAAGAUAUACUGCUUGAAACUGAUAGUGAUGGUGAUGAGGUAGUUCAUCCAUUGGAUGAAGAAACUGUUGGUUUUGAUGAGACCGGGGAUAGACCAGUCACAGGAGACAAAAUGUUCAUGGAUUCGGAAGUAUCAGACUCUACUGAGGGUCCCAAAUCAGACUCUGCUGAGGGUCCCAAAUCAGACAGAUCUAUGGAACAAGAUCUACAGAGGCAAUUUUCUUCUCCAAAGAGGCUGGAUAGGUUGAAUUGCCUUCGGACAGAAGAUUAUAUGGGAAAUGCAGGUGCCCAAUCCAAUGGGACAUUAAACAAGGUACUCAGUGGGCCAUCUGUUGCCCAAUCCAAUAGGAUAUUAACCAGAACAUUCAGUGGAACAGAAAGGAUUGGUUUGAGCUGGCCAGAACCUCCAUUAGACUUGCGAGCUCAGCGUGUUUUAGAGAGACCGAAUUCCUUUAAGGCGAUUAAAUCUUUCAAAGCUUACAGGUCAUUCAGAACAUGUAAUUCUUUCAAGUCAUUUACAAAUGAUGAUCAACGAGUGCCACCAGAAAUAGCCUUUCUUGCACAACUUGACCUUGAAUCACUUAUGCACCGGAAAAGAAGAUCGUGUUUUGUAAGGAUAGUAAGCAAGCAAAUGGUUGGGAUCUUCCUUACUAUAUGGGUUCGAAGAAGCUUGCGUAAGCAUAUUCAGAACCUAAAGGUAUCUACUGUUGGAGUCGGUGUUAUGGGCUACAUUGGUAACAAGGGAUCAGUAUCUGUCAGCAUGUCGAUAUAUCAGACAUUUUUUUGUUUUAUAUGUACUCACCUAACAGCGGGUGAAAAAGAUGGAGAUGAACAAAGAAAUGCUGAUGUGCAAGAAAUACAUCGAAGGACUCGUUUUCAUCCCGUUUCUAGUAUUGGGCUUCCCAAAAGCAUCCUUGACCAUGAAAGAAUUAUCUGGCUGGGUGAUCUGAAUUAUCGCAUCACCUUGUCCUAUGAGAAAACACGAGAUCUAAUCUCAAAAAAGGAGUGGUCCAAGUUGGUUGCGACAGACCAGCUUGUAAGAGAACUGAGAAAAGGUCGUGCAUUUGAUGGAUGGUCUGAAGGGGUCUUAAAUUUCCCACCAACUUAUAAAUAUGAGUCAAAUUCAGAGAAGUACUUUGGGGAGGAUCCAAAGGCUGGGAGGCGUACUCCAUCAUGGUGUGACCGCAUUCUUUCAUAUGGUAAGGGUAUAAGGCUGCUGACUUAUAAGAGAAGUGAGCUGAGGUUUUCAGAUCAUCGACCUGUAAGUGCUGCUUAUAUGGCAGAAGUUGAGGUCUUUUCUGCUCGGAAGCUACAACGGGCCCUCACAAUCAUGGAUGCAGAAAUUGAAGAUGAGGAAAUUCUAGCAGAUACAGGAGUAGAUGUUGGAAUGAACUUCUUAAGAGUGGGAAAGGAUAUGUAUGAUUGGGAGCGGUUAGAGUAGUCAGUCUACAGUCUACAACAAACUUGAAGAGGGCCUUGAGCAAGAGCUGAAGCUCUUCUCGGAUACUCUUGCCUCACAUCCAUUGAUUGAAUUUAGUGGGUUGGGUGAUGGAUCAUGUAAAUUACAGUGAGUGUGUAAAGAAGUGGGGUAUAGAUGUUUUCAGGGAGAGUUUGAGAGCAGAUUAGUUAAAAGAGUAGUGUUUGAUCCAUUCUUGUACAAUCCACGGGUAUUUGUUUGUAAUUAUCAUGGUUUGUCUAAUUCAAUCACCUUGUUUUUUCUUCUA